AUGAGUGCGGGCAACAGCGGCUUCACUCCGAUCAACGAUCCCCAUACCGGCUUUGCCAACAUGUCGGGGAUGCCUAUGCACCAGCAUUCGGCUCAGUUCGCGCAGCUUCCGACGGGGCAGAAUUCCUUUUACGCAUCCUCACACGCCUCGGCCUCGACGUCGUCGCUCGCAGAUCAGCUCAGCGACCACGAUUCUUUUUCGGGCUCCUUUGAUGCUUCCAGGAGCAGCAGCUUCAGCGGUCCUUCAGCGGGUCGAUCCGGUCCUGGCCCCUCCGCUGGCUCUGGGUUCCCUUGCCCAAACUGCGGCAAGGCAUUUGCCCGCGAUGAUCUGCUCCGACGACAUCUGGCAAGAGAGGCCAGAGCUCUUGCUCAACCUUCGUUCGAUCGACAAAAGAGCUGCUAUGAAUGCGCGAGAUCCAAAGCAAGAUGUGAUCUCGAGGUCCCCAUAUGCGGUCGAUGCCGUGCGCGAGGAAAGCAGUGCACCUAUGCUCCCAGAUCCGGCAACCCCAAUGUUAGAAAGGCUCGCAACGUCGGCGUCAUGCCCCAAAUGGAUGCACAGAUGCAGUCCAUGACACCCCACAUGUCCUCGGCCGCUCCACUCAACCAGACCAUGUCCAGUGCACCUUGGUCCAUGCCCACGCCUGGCUUCGACGUUUCCUCCAACGCGUUCAUGACUCCUCACGCAAGCUACGCCAAGCGCGAAGGCGAGCUCGACUACGAUAGCCAGAGCGACAGCGAGGCACAGUCAUGGCACGAUCCCGGCUCUUCUGCUUCCGGAUCUGCCUUCGGGUCUCCCCGCCCGCAGCACAGCUUGCCAGAGCAUCCCGACUCUGCACCUCCCAACCUAGCCAACUUCAGCAUCUCAGGCCCGUCUUUUGCUGCGAUGGGCCCGCCUGCCCGCACCGAUUCACCUCGCUCGUUCCACGACCUCAACCUCGAAUCCGACGUUGCUCCAGGCCCACAAAGGAUGAAUUCCAGCAAGUCGAGCGGAUUUUCUCGCACCAACACCGGCUCUAUCGUCACCAACAUGAAUCGUUCCAGCAUGGCCUUCGCCAACGAAGAGGGAGAGGAGACUCCGAUCGUGCGGCUUAAUCACAACCUCACCCAUACCACCUCGGAUCCUACCAGGAUGCAAGCCAUGGUCAACAACAACAACUUCCUAGCCGAUUCUCACAGCCGUCACAGAACCGCCAGUCUGCCAGAAGCGCUCGAAGAUACCCUCGUUGAUGACACCAACAUGCACGCUUCGUGGAAUGCGCGUUCCUCUCUUGCUCCACAGUCCUUGCGCCAAACACCAGCCAACGCCAUGAUGCCUCCACCGAGGCCUCCGACCCUCAUCACUGCGAAUCUCAACAAUCGCAACAUGUGGCCAGGACCUUCCCCCAUCCGUUCGGCUCUCUUCCAGCAAGGGGUGGAUCUUUCUGGCUGGCUAGCAGAACCUGUUGUCCCAUCACCGCUCUACCGUAUGGGUCCAAGUCUGCAUUCGGCCAUCAGCGGCAACUUUGCAGCCAUCUCGCACUCGCCUGUAGUCGAUACACCCAUCUCGGCCAAAUUCGCGGCCUCGCUCGCUCAGACCAUGGGUCUUUCGAUUAACCCGGGCUUCCUUCCCGCCUUUCAAGAGUCGCAUCCCUCGGGAGGGGCGGCGAAUUCGGCUUCGCAUCCACUUAGUCGCUCUUUGUCGGAUUCCACCACGCCACCUCAGUCUCGCUACGACUGCAAUGGCCAGCUCGUCCUGCCCGCGCCUCAGCUGCCCAGCGCAAAGCAGUGGUGGAUCCAGCCCGAUCAAAACGGUGAAGUGGCCGCCUCGAUCGCGCAGGCCAGCGCCGCCCACUUUGUCUCGUAUCCAGCUUUGAUGGCUCUCACGGAUCCCACGGCACCCAUCCCGCCUUUCAUCCAUCGAAAGUGGCUGCAGGAGAAUCGUGUACGGGUUCCAGAGUCUCUGGCCUGCGCUCGUUCCAUCCUUGCCGGCUACUAUGUCCGUUUGCCCGCCAGCCAAGGUCUCGUUUGGAGGCUCAUCUCGGAGCAGAUUCGCCUGACGCUCUCCUCAGAGGCUGAGCUCAAGAAGCCUGACUCGGACCCCGUCGCUGUGUUCGGAGCGGUCGCGUCGCUGUGGAUGUAUCUUGUGCUGAUCGUCUUCACCGACGAGCCGGCUAUCACGGAUCACAUCGAUGCAGCGCUGCUGGAUCGGGCGCUCGUGGUGCUCUCGGAGCUGUCGCAGUCGCUGCUUGCGCACACGAUGCGGGCCGGCGAGUCGGCAUCCGGCACAGUCACACCGAGUCUUGCCACCUUUGGAUGGAUCGAGACCAUGAUCCGCACGCUGUUUGCAUCGUACUCGCUCCUCGUCUUGCAACGCUUCCGAGAAAACGGAGGCAACGCACGAGAGCGCCUGGCUGGGUGUUCGCUCAUCCUAGACAUCCCGCUUCCUGCGGGAGCUGGCGAGUUCGAGGCCGACAACGAAGCCGACUGGCUCCAGGCCCAUCACGCCAACCAAAACGUUCUCACCGAGGCAGGCGCGCCCUUUGUGCGACCGACACUACGCCAGCUCGUACAGUACCGCAAAGACACGUUUGCCGCCGCAACUGCCACCGCCGAGGCCGAAUCCAAGCUGCGCGACCUACCCUGGGCAGCUACCCUGUUUGACAACCAGGACGAGUUUACCAACGUCGUCCUGUCCGUCGCCUUUGCUCUUGACGAUACCCGUAUUUGA